AUGUCCGUUGUGAACGAACUAUCGAAGAUAGAGGAGGCGAGUUCAUCCCAGCUUGGAAAACUCGUUUACAAAUCUAAUAGUGGCUGUAACCAUGGAUCUUUCGCUCCGAUUUGGCAAGCAUUGAAAUUAACGAUCGAAAAAUUUGCCAGCCUUCACUCUCAAGCUGUUCAAAAGCUUCAUGAACUCAUCAAGGAAGUGGCCAAAUACAGCGAAGAACUUCACAAGAAGCACAAACAGGUCAAAGAUGAGCAGUCAGGAACUCAGGACGUUGUUCAGCUUAUCCAGGUUACCAACGCUAAUCUUCAAAAAGCUGUGCUAAACUACCAACAGAAGUUCGCGGAAGUUGAAAAGCUGAAAAAUGAAAACGGGGCAUCAUCGAAAGAGGUGGAACGUGCAGAAGCGAAGUCAAAAAAAGCGCUGGAUGACUACCGCGCGUUAGUGCAAAAAUACAACGGUGUCAGAGCAGAUUUUGAAAAGAAAAUGACCAAUUCGUGUCUGCAAUUCCAAGAUUUGGAGUCGAAUCAUUUGAAGCUCAUGCGAGAAUUCAUCACCUCGUAUUCGGAUAUUGUAGAAAACAAUCACAGCCUUAUUGGUCAGGUACACGCUGAUUUUCGACAGCAGUGUGAAGAGCUGACCGUGGAAAGAUUGCUGGAACAGUUCGUACAGCAGAAGGAAACUGGUCCAGAAAUCCCACCCGCUGUGACAGUCGAAGAAGUGAAUCCCCAGAGAUCGAAUGAACCCCUCGUAGAUGUUUCUUGGGCCCCGGAAACAGCAUCUAUUGGAAGCAAUAGUGUCGGAGGCCCGAGCGGGGAUUUGCUUUCUAGUCUCUCGGCCCCCUUGGCCAGUGUCGAUUCGUCUUCAGCAGAGCAAACUCCACCAAAGCCCUCGAAGAAAGAUGAAAUGAAAUUGUUGCGAGCGAGGUACGUUGAAGACGAAACCAAUUGCCCCACAAAUCCAGGGAAGCUGACCGAUAGCCGGAAGAAGAGCGCCCAGGAGAGCAGUGAUUCGGCGUCCCGAGGCGGACAGUUGGCCGCCAAGACGUCUCGUCGGACGGCGUCCUUCCUCAACCUCUUCAACGCCGUCAACGCGAGCGACAAGACCUCGACGGCGGCGGCGUGGACGACUUCCACUGCCGCCACCACCACUUCCACGAGCGGCGGCAAUGGCCAGAGCAGCUCUCCUCAACAGAGUCCGGAGUCCAAUCAUGGCACCGCUAUGGAGUUGAUCGCUUGUUUCGCACCGAGUUUUUUGUGCGCUAUCGCUGUGAAUGAUUCUAACUUCCGGUUGGGUGAUAUCGUUAAAAUGGUUGUGUCUUUCCCGUAUUUUUCUCUUCUCGUGUUCGUCGUGGUGUUGGGCACUGGGUUCCUCAAAAGUCGGCGGAAAAAGAAGGAAAAGGAGAAGAAAAAAGAAGUGGAACUCGAAAUUCCGAAAGAAGAAAAAUUGCCGAGUGAGGAUAAAUCGAGGUCAAGAAUUGUUGAGAAUGUGCAGAGCAAUCCAGAAAGGAUUACCCCCACGAUUCCGGAGAAUCCGGAAGUGGACAACGAGGGCUAUUCCGUGCCUCCGGCGGAUUUCAGAAUGUCUGCGUUGGACCAUCGACGAUCUAGUUUCUCUUCCUCGUCAGGUUCUGGCUCAGGCUCUGAUUCAGAUGAUGACAGAAGAGUCGUACCCAUGGUGGAAAUUAAGCCGUUGGGACCCGGUGUUCCUUAUUCCUCAGCGUCUGUUGACGAGCUGAGGGCAGUGAUGGAAGGAAUCACUUUGGGUGGUGGAGUUGCCCGAGCUUCGCCUGUGCAAAGCAUUGGAGGAUCGUCGACGGUUCGGAUGGACCUCAACCCUCGCCGCCUUCCAAAUUCCCCCUUGACCAUCUCAUUAAAUCCUGAGUCGAAUAAGACAAAUAAUGAAACGGGAUCGUCGAGUGAAGCGAAGGAGUCUUCGGGAACACCGACAGACUUGACCACGAGAAAGUCGCAGAUCGCGCCGACGUCGCCAACUUCGAUUACUUCUUCGUCCUCAGGCUUCGUAGAUUUAUUCAAGCAAUGGGGUGAUGCUCCGCCGUUGAUACCCCCGAAACAAGGUGCUGCCAAUAGUGAUGGUCAGUCAUCAAUUGCGAUACCCCGACCCCCUCGCAAAACGGACCUUACCGCAACGAUGCUGAGAAGUCGAAUAACGAACAGCUCGAGUUCUCUGUCGAGAGCUGAUAGUCUGGGUAGUCUUGCGUCGUUCGCAGCGGCUGAUUUCAAGUAUGUGGGAACGAGCUCGGGUGGUCCGACGCCGACACUGUUGACGUCAUCGUCUCGUGGGCCCUCGCCGCUGACGAUCGGCAUGUUCGACACGAUACCCAUAGCCGUCGCCUUCCAGGAAAUGGUCCACGCGUAUUUCCGCGGCGCGGACGAGUCCAGGUGUCUGGUGAAGCAGAUCGGGGAUUUGGUGAUGUCCUUCCCAGCGGGCAUAGUCCACGCGUUGACUAACAACCCGUCGCCGCCACCGCUAGUGUUUUCCAUUAAGAACACGACGAAAUUGAACAGUAUUCUCGCCAACAAACAAUUGCUGGCUUUGGAGCCAAAUCAAAGCACCCCGACGAGUCCGGUGUAUGAAUUCAAAAUGACUGCCUUGAUUGACCAUCUGAAAAAGCAGGCGGAGAGCUUUCCCAAUUCUUACUACUUCAAUGUCGACAUUCUAAAAUACCAGAUAAAAUCCGAACCGGGAGCGCAGUCUGCUCCGUUCCAAUUAGUGACUUAUUGGAAAUGUGAGAGUUUGCACACGGAUUUGCGUGUUGACUACAAAUAUAAUGGCAAGGCCGCGCUUGCUAGUCCCGCAGCCUUGCUCAACUUAGCAAUAUCCGUUCCCGUCAACGGAGGUGUCAAGUCAAUGCAUGCUCGACCAGUUGGCACAUGGGUUGAAGAGACGAGUCGUGCUCAGUGGAAAUUCACGGAAUUAUCCAGUCAUUCGGAGAAUGGAGGCUGUGGGGAGUUGAGAGCGAGAUUCGAGCUCAAGUCGGGUCCCGGAUCACCGGGUACGGUGUCAUGCAGUUUCAAUUGCGAAGGGACGACGUUAUCGGGUGCUGAGUUCCAGUUGGUCGGGCCUGGUUACAGAGUCUCGCUGAUAAAGAAGAAGCUCGUUUCAGGAAAGUACACUUGCGACCCGGAAGUGUACCAAUUGCGGUCGAUCAGUGCCACGCCGGGUUCCAAUGGCGGUGAGCGAUACGCUGCGCCGCCGGGAGAAGCCCGAUAUGCCGCACCGCCGUCUGGUGAGACGAGAUACGCGCCGCCUCCAGUAUCCGCCGCCGCCAGCGAAAACCGGUACGCGGCGCCGCCAGGAAUUCCCAAAGAAGCGAAGAAUUCCUCGAGUCCUAGUAGAAACGCCAGCGCCCCUACUCCGGUGUAGGGAUUUUCGAUUCAGGUGUCUCUAUGAACACGUUUCGGCCGCGUCUUCUUAUUGAUUCUUGCUCUCCCGUCCUUAUCGUGCUUCAAUUCGAUACUAUUUUCAACUUGCGAUUCUCAUUUGUCUCCAUUAUCAAAGUUUUAGGCACAGAGGACUGUACGCACUCAGAUUUAAAUUUGAAGAUUGCCGGUAUAUCUUUGUCGGGCUCAUAUUUCCUGCGAGAUUCUGCCGAGAAAAAACGCGGUGCCCUUCGUCCGAUUUUGUGAACCUGGAGAGUCCAUUUUUCUUUCCUUCUCCGCAAAUCCCGAUUUAAGAAAAAGGCGUUAUAUUUCACGUAUUGGUCAAUUUAUGCUGUAUUUGAAGAAUUGCGGAAGAAGGAAUCCACGUUGAAAGAGAAUUAACGUCUGAUAUCGUUACAACGUUUUUUCUUUCCUUUUUUGUGUCAAAGGGUUGUUCUUUUCUAAUCCUUUGGCGUGGAAGAAAUGUUUUUAGAUUUAUUUAUUUUCUCACUUAAUUGACAAAAAAUUGAUGAUGCGGAAGAGGUUAAAAAGAACGGUACCUGUGGUUCCUAUCGUGAUAUAGGCUAGUGUUACGCGAUGAAAUGCGAAAGUAGAUAUGAUUUUGUGCAGAUAUCUAUUAUUUGUUGUAUGUAUGUAUAUUGCGAUUGCUCGGUUCGCGUUUCCCGGUUUUCCGCGUCGAUUUUCGCUUCUCCGUUCGCUUCUCCGUUCGAACUGUCGCUUGUCGGGAAUGUCAGAAUCGUACUCCGCCGAAAAUGUUUCGAACAUCAGCCGUUAUUUUUUGCUUGCGAAGGUUACCCAAAAGCGAUAAAGUUAUGAAAGUUCUUCAAUCGUUCGUACUAUUACUUACACGUAUUGCCUUACAGCUUUAUGAGUCGAAUACGAACAGAAAAGGUGUUCGUUCGCCUGUGGUUUCAUGCUCUUUAGAGUGUACUGUAUUUUUGAUUAGGAAUUUACGAGAUCCCUCUUUUACUUUGUUGCGUUUUUCGUGCGAAUACCUUAUUCCUUAGUUUUAUUUGCCACCAUCUUGCAGUGCGAUUACGGUACCUUUGCGUAGAUUGUUUUGUUGAUUGGCUUUUGCUUCGGCUGUCUUUCGUUUGGAUGAAAUUUCCCCGUUCAAUCUGAAAUAUGGUUUUCAAAGGUGUUUGCGAAGUGAGGAAACUGGGAAAAAUUCUUCUUACCGUUGGCCGUCCCAUUGAUAAUUUUUGAUCGGUUUCGAAAAGGGGAAUCUGCUAAUAGCCGUAUAUUGCUAACCAAUUAUCAAUGGGUGCAUCUCAGAUGUUCUUUGAAAUAAUCUCCUGAAGUUUCACGCGCGACAUUCCCAUCAAUUAAAAAGAAGACGGGUUUGAUCGGUAUUUUUCUCUUGGAAUUUUCUGUGCAGAACUGACGGGCAUUCGUCUCGACUUGGCUUGUUUAGUAGUUUUACAGUCCCCCUUUUGCAGGUUUUGUUUUUCCUAUCGAUUUCCACGACGGAUUAUUGGUCCGUUGAAGAGACAUUUACCGUAUGCUGUGCAAGUUUGGUGUGUGAGAUUGACGGUUAAUUGCGAAUUGCUUGAUGGUCAGUGAGCUUUUUUUGUGAUGUUCAACUGAUCAUCAAAUCGUGCGUUAUUCUACGUAGCGUUGAAGGUAGCCAGGGAUUCCUUAGGAUUUUCCGUCAACGUGGCGUAAAAGUGUUGUCUUUUGGAAGCCACCUGGUGCUUGAAUUUUAUUUAUCGAUCGUGAAUCGAAAGGAAGAAUUAUCCGGUUUUAAGAUAAACGUUUCAUUCGCGCGUGUUGUUCGCACGGAUUGAUUUCUAGGUAACGGAUUUGUUUUUUGUUCGUCUUAUUUUGAGUAACCUGGUUUUUCGACGCAGGGAUUUUCGCUGCGAAAGCGCUCUUCUGCCUUUUUUUUUCUCUUUUGGUUCAUUAUUCAUUGAAAGUUGGAGAGCUGUGUGAUGCUUCUUCCAUUCGGCGUUGGGUCUUUGUCACGCUUCCAUCGAACCCUCGAGAAUCAUGCUUGCAAUUUUCUGGUUCUCCAGGGCGGGAUGAUGCUUUCGCUAUUCGAUAGAACUCGCGUUCUGUCUUACCUCGGGCUCUUUUUCCUUGACAGGUCGCAUGUUGCAGAAAACUGCCAUGCUAUUUUCUUGAAUAAAAGCGAAUGUUUUCCACAA